AUGGCUACUGUAUCUAGUGCACCGGCACCAGGGAUGCAUCAAAUUGAUUUAUCCAAGCUUAAUUUACAGCAGUUGGCUCAACUUAAACAACAAUUGGAUCAAGAAAUGUCUGUAUUUCAAGAUUCAUUGCAUACACUGAAGGUAGCUCAAGGAAAAUUUAUGGAAUCUGGUGAAUGUGUUGAGAAAAUGACUCCUGAAUGUAAAGGCAAGAGCAUACUGGUACCUUUGACUGGAUCCAUGUACAUCCCUGGCUCAAUAGCAGACACUGAAAACGUUCUGAUUGAUAUAGGAACUGGAUAUUAUGCACAGAAAGAUAUUGCUGGUGCUAAAGACUAUUUCAAGAGGAAAGUUGCUUUUGUAUCGGAACAAAUGGAAAAAAUAAAAGCUUUAGGUGUAGAGAAAUCAAAGGUUCACAAAGCUAUUUGUAUGAUGAUUGAGAUGAAGCUGCAAGCCCAGAUGCAGGCAGCAAAGCCUUCAACCUCAUAA